GCGAUCGGGUCCAGUGCAAAUCGCCGCCGAGUUGUUGUACGUCCGUCGUUCAUUGUGUGCGAGUGUUUGUGCAUGUGUGUGUGUGCCGAGUGCGUUUUCUUAUUUGUCCUGCUGAAAUGUGAGACAGCACUUGGGUGUCGCUUUCGCGUCGCGGACAGUCGUCCGACGUUUGGGGCCCCGCACUGUUGUCGUACGUCACCCUAAUUGACUUAAGCCAAAUCCACCCGCCAUUCAAUCCCAAUAGGAAUCGGUCCGGCGUCGGUUUUUCGGUUUAAUUGGGUGGUGGUGGUGCGUGUGUCGUGUGCGGGAUGCAGGACGCAGUGGUCAUGUACUGACGACGUACCCGACGGAAGAGGACAGUAUGGCAUUGAGUGGAAUCUUUAGGAGGCGCAAACGCGGAGUGGUCGAACCGCCCAAAGCAAACAGUGCAGUGAGUGCACCGCCUCCGACGCCCCUGAACAAGCUGAAGUUGACCGCCGGGGCUGUACAGGGACCCAUUACCAAAAAGGACAAGCGACACUCUUCUUCCCGCUUCAACAUCACGAUGAAGCGCGAACUCGAGAUGUUACCAUCGCUUAAAGAUGCUGCACCAAACGAGCGCGAAGAAUUGGUGGUCCAGAAGCUGCGACAGUGUUGCGUAUUGUUCGAUUUUGCAUCGGAUCCACUCUCCGACCUCAAAUGGAAGGAGGUCAAGAGGGCCGCGCUCCAGGAGAUGCUCGAACUGGUCCAGACUCAGAAGGGCGUCAUUACCGAGAACAUCUACCCCGAGGCAGUUCACAUGUUUGCCGUGAACCUAUUCCGUACGCUGCCACCGUCAUCGAAUCCAAAUGGCGCAGAGUUCGACCCGGAAGAAGACGAACCCACCCUGGAAGCAGCAUGGCCCCAUCUACAUCUCGUCUAUGAGCUAUUCCUGCGCAUGCUUGAAGCUCCAGAUUUUCAGCCGAACGUGGCGAAGAAAUACAUAGACCACCGGUUCGUGUUGCAGCUACUCGAUCUGUUUGAUUCGGAGGAUCCCCGCGAACGGGAUCUACUUAAAACCACACUGCACAGAAUUUACGGCAAAUUUUUGGGAUUGCGCGCCUUCAUUCGCAAGCAGAUGAACAACGUAUUUUAUAGAUUCAUUUACGAGACAGAACACCAUAACGGUAUAGCCGAGUUGCUCGAAAUUCUCGGCUCGAUCAUCAACGGUUUUGCGUUGCCACUAAAAGAUGAGCACAAGACCUUUUUGUCGCGUGUUCUCAUGCCGUUGCAUAAGGUCAAAUCGUUGUCUGUCUACCAUCCCCAGUUGGCCUACUGCGUGGUGCAAUUUCUCGAAAAAGAUCCCAGUUUAACGCAGGACGUUAUUCGCCAUCUGCUCAAGUACUGGCCCAAGACGCACAGUCCCAAAGAGGUGAUGUUCCUCAACGAAAUGGAGGAAAUCCUCGACGUGAUCGAACCGGCGGAAUUCCAGAAGGUGAUGGUGCCGCUGUUUCGCCAAUUGGCGAAGUGCGUGAGUUCGCCGCACUUCCAGGUGGCCGAACGAGCACUGUACUAUUGGAAUAAUGAGUAUGUGAUGUCUUUGGUGGCGGAAAAUUCAGCAGACAUACUGCCUAUCAUGUUUCCCAGUCUAUACCGUAACUCGAAGAGCCACUGGAACAAGACCAUACACGGCCUUAUCUACAACGCUCUCAAGCUUUUCAUGGAGAUGAACCAGAAGUUGUUCGACGAGUGUUCCCAGCACUACAAGCAAGAGAGACAAAGAGAAAAAGAAAGGCAACACCACAGACAGGAGCUGUGGGUGAGAGUGGAGAGUUUGGCCGCGCGAAGGCCAGAAUACGAGAUCAUCAGAUCGACCAAUCCCCAAUCCAUCAACAACAUGAUGAUCACUAGUCCCGAUCAGGACGACGAAAUUACUACUAGCUUAGAUAAUCUUGAACACGAAGCGAACGAGGUGAAAAAGACCCGUAACAACAACAAGCCGCUGGUACGACGCAAAAGCGAGUUGCCGCAGGACCAGCUCACGGUUAAGGCGCUAAACGACCACAAGAGGGCCGACGAGUACCUCCCGACCCCGCCCGACGUCAACAAGUGCUAGUCAUCGCAUCAUAUCGGACCCUACCACACUCUCAGCCCCCCACCUUUAAAACAAAAACAAAAAAAAAACAACAAAAACAACAAAAAAAAGAAAAAACAUUCGGCGCCGCGACUGUGACGCGUCGAUGUGCAACGCGUCCCGUCAGCGAACUCACGACUACACCGAUACAACACCGUAUUUUUAGUGAGCUUGGUGCCAACAAAUUUUAUGUACACCCCGUAUUUUUGUGUUCUUGUUAAUUUUCCUUAACUUAAACUUACUCUCUGUUUGUUCUUAGAUUUAGUAGAGUGCUGUACAAGCAUUUAUCCAACAGUUAUUUUGUAAUGUUCCUCUUUAAUUCAAACGUUUUAAUUUAAAUUUGAUUUUAAUGUUAAAUUUAUUUUAGAGUAGCACUCUACUAACAAUUUUUAUGCUGAUUAUAUUUUUAGAUGCAUAUAAUUAAAACGAUAUUACUGUUUUUUAAUGAUAAUUAGUUUUAUUUCUAUGCAUUUAAUGUCAUUCUGAGUAUUAUUACCAUUGUAUUGUAUGUAACAGUGCAGUGUAAGGGACUAUACAGCAAAACUAUUUAAGGUACCAUGUGAUUUUUUAAAAUAUCUUAUAAUAAUACCAUUUAAUGUUUGAUUUCAUGUUAUAUACACAAUUCAUUCAUAUAUUAUACUUUAAAUCAAAUACUUUUAGUAAUUUUUUAUUUAUAAUAUUUUGGGAGAAAAGUUCUAUUUAAAGCUUCUAAAAUUGAAAAAGAAAGUACAAUUCUAUACUGUAUAUGUAUUGUAAUUAGAUGAAUUCUACGAUGACCAGGAAACUCCUUCCCGAAAAUGAGAUGCGAGCAUUUAAAAAAGUUCUGCCCAAUUUCGUUGGACAGAAUGAAUUUAAUGAAAACUUUUUGCAAGGAUCAUUCUGGUCCAUCCAGAUAAAAUUCAAAAUGCUGUGAAUCUACUAUACUACUACUUACGUCCACACCUAACAUACACUUUAAUAACAAUGAAGGGUAGUUUUAUAAGAAGGUGUGGAAUACAUACAGUUUGUAUGAAUCACGGCCAGAUCUAUAUGUACUAUGAUCUAGGAUAUAAUAAAAAUAAUUUAUAUGUUGUUGAACAUUGAAAAGUAGUUAUAGCCAGUGGCCUUUACGAUACGUAUUUGCAGAGGAUUAUUAUAUUAACCAAUCAAAAUAUUUUAGGAUAGUCAGUUUUUAUUUAUUAGCAGAUUAAAGAAUCUCUUAUUUAUUGGUAUUUUUCUAUUUAACGCUGUACAGUUUUAGUAUGGACACUUUUCUCUCAUUCAGUACCAUUUUGAACGAUGGGAUGUAAACUGAUGUUAAGCAAUUAUGAAAAUAUGGAAAAUGAACGUCAUUGUGGUUUGCAGACUCGACAUACAUAUAAAAAGUUCCUAAAAUUACUUUUUACGUGCACACCAGGAAGUUGUCAUCGGUGAUAUUCUCACGAAACGAAUUUUUAUGAACAAAAAACCACUAUGCUAAUAAAUUGCGAACAAAAUAAAAAUCUUUAUUCUAGUCUUAGCUUCCCCGAACAAUGGGAACUUUCUGGUAAAUUUUCUGAAAAAAAAACACGGAUGUGUAUGUUUGCAAUUCGACAUAUCUAUGUAUCGUUCCAGUUCUGUGUAAAUUUCCAAUUUUGUAAAUGGCAACUAUAUAAACCAUCAAAAACUAUGCAGUUAUUCGUUGCGAUUACCAGCAUUCACAAAAAGAAGCAACUCAUUGACAAAUAGCAAAUGCAGUGUGAUUUAUUUGAAGUUCAAAUUUUGAACAAAUGCAUAGUUGACAUAUAAAUAUGUAAAAAAUAUAAUAUAUAGAGAUUAAUGUGUGGCACAUGCUUUGAUUGUGUAUUUAAAAUUGAAAUAAAAUGGAAACGAUUUAAAAAUAUUGUCAUUUUACAUAAGACUAGUGUUUACUCAAAGUAAUACAUUCAAUAAUUAGUUUUAAGGAUGAUAUAUUUUUAUGUUUACAAAAGUUGGAAGGAAUGUGUAUAUAUGGAUAAGGAGUUGAUAUUAUGUCUUAGACAGUAUUUUUUUAAUGUACAGCUUUGCUUAGUCAAUGAUAUAAAUAAUUAAAUACAUUUCAUUUAAUA